GUGAAAAACAAGUACCCAAAACACUAAUACUCAACGUAGAGAUGAAUAAAAAAAAUCAUUUGUCGUGUUGUCAAAAGAAAUAGUUCAAUACAAUCCAAAAUUGUAUGUGAAAAUUAUUUUAUAAAUGAAAUUAACAGUAAACGGUUCUAUUAAUCAACCGUACCGUGUAAGUUAAACAUGCGAUAACAAAGAAGUACAUUUUCCAAGUCAUAUAAUCAGUGCUAAGCGUACAUUUAAGUUGUUAACUGAAAAAAAAAGAUCUUCUGAGAUGGAUGGAACAUGGGUUCUUAUUUUGCUCGCUCUGGUGAUGUUGGUGGGAUCCUAUGUGGCUGGAAGUAUACCUUUGAACGUUAGCAUGUCUGAGGACAAGCUACAAAAGGUAACAGUUUUUGGAGCGGGACUCCUAGUAGGAACAGCUCUGGCCGUGAUCAUACCUGAGGGAGUACGAUCCUUGUUCAGUGAACGAUCACAUCCAACGGUAGUCACAAAAGACUUCACAGCAGAACCGCCGAGCCAUGACGAUGACUUGCAUUCUGUUAUCGGAAUAUCACUUGUACUUGGUUUUGUCUUCAUGUUGUUGGUGGACCAGAUGUCUGCAAGAUACAAUGACCAAAGUAAUCCAGUAGAGAAGAAUGUCACAGCAACUGUUGGCCUGGUGGUCCAUGCUGCUGCGGAUGGUAUAGCCUUAGGUGCAGCCGCUACAACGUCCCAUGCUGAUGUAGAACUAAUAGUGUUCCUUGCUAUAAUGCUGCACAAAGCGCCAGCAGCCUUCGGUCUUGUAACUUUCCUCCUCCACGCUGGACUUGAACGGAAUAGGAUCCGCAAGCAUCUGUUGAUAUUCUCGUGUGCGGCUCCAUUGCUGGCUCUCCUCACAUACUUUGGUAUUGGUAACGAGAGCAAACAGACGCUUAGCGAUUUUAACGCCACCGGUAUAGCUAUGUUGUUUUCAGCUGGGACUUUCCUUUACGUGGCUACAGUCCACGUGUUGCCAGAAUUGACACACCCCCAAUCACACACGCACACACUACUCCCCAUGCAAGAGGGGGUAGCCCCCAAAAAGGGAUUUGGAGGACUCCUACUAUCAGAGAUGGUUAUCCUGACCGUAGGCGCGUUGAUGCCUCUACUUCUAACAAUGGGACACAAACAUUGAUCUACAAAACUGCUCGACAGAUUCUGAUAAGGUAUUUUUUUGUGUUGGGACCAUUUUUCCUAAUGGAGUGAUUCUUUGGAUUUAUUGUUUUGAAAUAAUAUAGGGUGACUGGUAUUUUAUUUGUGACCGAUAUUUAAACUCGUAAUUGUACUCAUGAUAACAAAGAACUUUACCAAAAAACUAUUUUUCUAUACUCAUCACUUUUAUUAUCUUUAUUUAGCAUUAUAAACAUAGAAAUGACGUUUUUUUUUAAUGUUUCCUAGAAAUAAAUAAUAAAAAAAAUAUAAAAAAUGGUGCCCGACCCGGUAUCGGGAACAGGGUCCAAGCUACGGUCAGGGCUCCAGAGAAAGGAACCUCCUGACAAUACGAGCCGUGUCCAGGAGUACCACUUUCUGAAUCAAGCCCUUGAUCCAGCCACCUAACGAGAGCCUCCUAAGAUGUUGGUCGAGGCUCUUGGCUAUUAAGCCAAUAGCUGACACGACUAUCGGUACAAUGAUAGCUGAAUCCGCUUCCCACAUGUCGACAACCUCGCGUGCUAAGUAAAAAUAUUUAUAAUAGUUUUAUUGAUUU